AUGGACAACAGCGGCUGUCUCCAGCAGUCGGGCCGGAAAACCGUCGGGAUCAAAGGCGACUAUGCAGCAGCCGAUAUCCCAGGACAGAAGUACAAGCUCGUGGCGACCCCGGGAGACCAGUGUGACUGCCAGUCGGCGUGCGAGAGCUUCGACUUUUUGAGGGUCGACGAUACUUCGAGUUGUUAUUCGCUUCCUGCGUCGGACUCGGAUUCGGACUCGCAGUCGUUUAGAUGGGUGGCUGAAUCUUCGUGUGGGAAUAAUACUUGUUAG